AUGGAGCCCAAUCCAAAGAUCACCGCGGCCAUCGCCAACGCGGAAUCCGCCUCUGGCGACGACAAGGCCGCCGCCGCCGCCCGCUACGAGUCCAUCCUCGCCGACAUCCACUCGCUCGCCGCGCCCAACGCCCCGACCGCCGCCGACCUCAACGCCGUCUUCGACUCCUUCUUCCGGCAGAGCCCAGGCCUCGUCGCCUCACGCUCGUUCCUGACCACCUUCGUCAACACCCUCAAGGGCGUCGAGAGCGAGCAGCUGUGGAUCGACGUCGGCACCCGCACGCUGGGCAAGCUCGCGGCGCAGCCGUCGUCGUACUUUGACGCGGCGGCGACCAUCUACGAGCUGCUGGCCACGGCGCACGAGAACCGCGACGACUUCCUCGAGGCGGCCAAGGCGCUGGCCGAGAUGCCGCUCGACAGCUCGCAGCGCAAGGUCUCGGACGAGGACAAGGCGCGCGUGUGGGUGCGCAUCGUGCGCAACUACCUCGAGGUGGGCGACGACACCGCCGCCGACGUCUACGUCAACAAGCUCAAGAACAUCAUGCACACCGUCUCCGACCCGGACCUCAACCUGCACUUCCGCCUGUCGCAGGCCCGCAUCCAGGACGCCAAGCGCGACUUCCUCUUCGCCGCCCAGCGCUACCACGAAAUCAGCUUCUUCCCGGCCGUCGCCGAGGACGAGCGCCUGCACACGCUGAGCAUGGCCGUCAAGUGCGCCAUCCUCGCCCCCGCGGGGCCCAUGCGCAGCCGCAUCCUCGGCCGCCUCUACAAGGACGAGCGCUCCGCCCAGCUCGCCGAGUUCGGCAUCCUCGAGAAGAUGUUCCUCGACCGCCUGCUGUCGCCCGCCGAGGUCGACAAGUUCGCCGAGGGCCUGCAGCCGCACCAGCUCGCCACCACCGCCGACGGCUCCACCGUCCUGGCCAAGGCCGUCGUCGAGCACAACCUGCUCGGCGUCUCGCGCCUCUACAACAACAUCCGCUUCGACGCCCUCGGCGAGCUGCUCGGCCUCGACGCCGCCAACGCCGAGGAGACGACGGCCCGCAUGAUUGAGCAGGGCCGCCUCGUCGGCCGCAUGGACCAGCUCGACGGCACCGUCUGGUUCCAGCAGGGCGGCGAGGCCUCGGGCGAAAAGGGCAGCCGCCGCGCCGACCUCGUGGCCAACAAGGAGCUGCGGCGGUGGGACGCCAACGUCGAGGGCUUGGCCGAGGAUGUCGAGAGUGUGAUUAAUUCGCUGCAAAAGGAGUUUCCCGCUUUUGUCGCGGCAAAUCUAGUCUCGUGA